GAAAAAUGUUUGACUGGGUCGGUUGCCUGCUUAGAAUGGUCUACGUCUAUGGAUUUGUAAUCGGAGUUUCCAACUUCGAAAUCGACUGGAGGGCUGGGCGAGUCUUUAGGUCUAUUAGAAGUACAGCUUAUGCAGCUUUGAUCAACAUUUUGAUAGUGGUGACUAUGAGUUUUCAAGUGGCAACUGACACCAACUUGAAUGUGAUGUUUGGGAAUGCGAACAAGCUUCACGAGUAUGUGGUUGUUGUGAUGUCGGUGCUAAGAAUUAUUGCUGGACUUACUGUGCUACUGAUCAGAUGGACCCAGCGCUGCAAGGUGAUGAAGCUUGUAAGGAUACUGAUUCGACUCUAUUUUGACAAGCCGCAGAUUAAGAGAAUUUCCCGCUGGGCGAUUCUAGCCAAAAUUAUGACUGUUACUUCUAAAGACUUUCUUCAAGUAGCACUAUCUUUGGAAGUCUUGGGUCGCCUUGGGGGCAGACAGGCCAUGGGAAUGUAUAUGCAGUUCGGGAUGGCGGCCCUCAUGAGUUACGCCUUGUCCCAACAUUAUCUGGUAAUGCUCUUCGUCAGAGUGGAAUACCAGAUACUCAACUCUGAGCUGGAACAGGUGAUUGAGGAGAGCUGCUGGUUAAGCUACCAUUCCCCGCGCAAUGGAGUUUUCAUGACCAGGUGCUGCUACCUGGCAGACCGAUUGGAGGACAUUGGCAAGAGGCAGGACGAGGUGCAAUCAAUUGUGACGUAUCUGGGAGAGGUGUUUGGUGUUCAGGGACUACUAACUUUCACCGAAAACUAUAUAAGCUCAGUGGGCAACACCUAUCUCAUCUUUAGUCUCUUUAAAUACGGUCGCGAGCGAUUGGGGAUGCCAUUGAACGCCGUCAUUUUAUCAGCUUGUUGGUUUUUUUUCCAUUACCUCGAUGCCUUCAGGAGCCAUUUAAUCAUGUUGAGUAUUUUGGACGAGCAUCGGAGGAUGGCAAGUCUUUUGCAGGAGCGCAGUGUGUUUGCUCAGGGACUGGACGUACGACUAGAGCAAACGUUUGAAACUUACCUAUUUCAGCUGGCCAGGAAUCCGUUGAAAAUGCAUGUAAUGCAUAUGUUUCCCAUAAGUCAUUCGUUCACCACAGCUAUGUUUGGAUCCAUAGCUAUGAACUCCAUAUAUCUUAUUCAAUAUGAUAUGCAAUAUUUUUAACUUUAAGUGAAAAGUUUUGUGAAGAAUUUCGAAUCAUAUUAAAACAUAAUGAAAUAAUGAACAAACUAAUUCUGUUUUCUAGAGAAAGAAAUGACCAUCUAUGGAGGCAACGCUAAUACGCAUUAA